AACUGCUACCAACUUAAAUCAGGCAAAACUUGUAACCUCAAGAUUAAAAACAAACAUGUCUUCAUUUUUAACGAAAUAUUCGUUAUUUACACGACAAUUACCUCAGAGUAUACGCUCGACAAGUACAAAUGUGUCCAAUGCAGACAUUAAACCGAUUUUAACUAAUCGAAACCCAAGAAAUUUGGAAAAAUUACGCAUUGCUUACAAACCUGGAGGUUAUCACCUGGAAAAACCCGGUCGCAACUAUUGGCACAAAUUAGAACUGGAAACCUCCAUCAGAUAUGUCAAAGCAAGCAUUAGACACUUUGAAAAUGGUCAGGUUAUAUCAGCUUCAAGUCAAGAAUGGCCAAUCAAGAAACAACUCUACAGAUAUAAUGAUACUUCAGCAUAUAUCAACCUUGGAAGAGUGCUAGCCCAAAGAUGCUUAGAGUUUGGUAUAACUGAGAUCAGGUCAGAUAUAGUACCUGAUAAUCAAGAGGGUAAAGUUGCUCUAUUUCUGAAAGCACUGCAAGAUAGUGGUGUAGUCCUGCAGGAACCUGAGCAAUACAAGAAACCAAGACCUUGGGAUCAACACAGAGAAGAAAAACCCUGGGAAGUUACAGAAUAAAUGAAUAAAUGCUUUGAUUAGGUUUACAUUUAGUGUUUAAAUAACAAUUUAUUAGUUUCUACAUGUUUUGGAUGCUCAAUUGCCUAGGGUGCUUAAUGUUUAUUCAUCACGUUUCAUAUCUGCAAAGAGUUUCUGCAAUAUAAAACAAAAUAGAAAAUGCUCAGACAUUGGAGAA